CUCCUUUUUCUUCAAUUGUUUUGUUUAUAAUACCUCGUGCGCAUCACUUGGUCCCUUUCCUUUUCUCCCUUUCUCCCCUCUUUCCUGUCCGCAGUCUGUCAAAAAUGGGCAAAAAAGCGUCUCGCCCGCCGGCGUCGAAAUCUUCCGCCGCUGCUUCGCCCGCGAUCUCCGGCCUCACCAAGACCAGUAGCAAGUCGUCGAUCCUGAAGGCGUCCUUUGCGCCGUCCGACUAUCAAUUGGCGCUUUUCGCGUCCGUGAUCCAAGGCCUCGAUGCCCAGCAUCUCCGGAUACAUGAUACGAAUACGGGCCGGCUGCAGUGCGAGCAUGUCUUAGGGCCGAAGGAGACGGUUACCUCGCUGGAUUGGGGCUAUUACCCCGGGAAGUCACGCGAUCGCGAUCAGCAGUCGAAGAAGAAGAGAAAGCGUCACUCGGAUGUCAAUGGCGUGAGUGAUGGUGAGCAGGGAGAUGUCGUUAUCGCUUUCGGAACGAGCUCGUCCGAUAUCCGCAUGUACUCGCCCUCGGAGGACAAGAUUGUCGGAACUCUGUCCGGUGCACACGACAGAGGUGUCAAGGACUUCAAGUUCACUGCCAACCGCCCUGCACAGGAGGGUUGGAGCAUUGGUGGAGAUAACAAGCUGGUGCAGUGGGACCUCCGCAGUGGGCAAAGCACGAAGGUUGUCAACCUUCCCGAGUCCGCUUCUGGCUUCUCCACGCUUGCGCGCCCGUUCCCGUCGAACCCUCCCGUCAUCUGCGCAUCGCAGACUCCUUAUAUCAUUGAUGUUGAGAAUGGCGACAUCCAAUUCGACGCCAUGCGGAACCCCAUCCACACCAUCCUCGCUACCUCGGGUGAAACCGCUACUUCGGGGCUGUUCCUCACUUCUGACAACGAUCGUUAUAUCAAUGUCUUCGACCCUCAGAACCGGAAGCUUGCGAUGAACCUGGUGGCUGAAAACGAAGUAUCUUCCUUGGCACUAUACACUCCCGCUAGCAAGGCUGGUGAUUCCGCAUCCUCGGAGAAGCAAGUCCUCGCCGCCGUGACCGACGAUGGUACGAUUGAACUCUUCACGAGGCCAUUUGUGCUGCCCAAGGACACCCCGAACGCCAAGGGUGCCGCGAGUCUCAAAGCGAAGAGAAAGCAGAUGACCCGCCGAGCGGAGUCGUCUCUCAAGAUCAUUCGCUCCGACAGUUCGAGCGCCUCUGUGCCCGUAGUGACGGUCUCGUUCCAAGGACCUGAUCUGCUUGUCGCCUGGGCGGAAGGUGGCGCCAUCCCUGUUUUCGAGCGCAUCAAGUGGCUCAACGAAGAUACCGAUGAGCUGGCAUUCACAGGUCUCAAGAACGUUCCCAGAAGCAAGACGACCUCCGUACUAGGAUCGACUGCCCUGAACGCCUCAAAGAACGCCAGUGAAAGCCAUGUGGACGAAUCGAGAGCCGACGUAACGCAAGGCGGCAUGGCGGACGAUGAUAUCGAGAUGGACGACCAAAAGCAAGAUACCAUGUCGGUCGACGACAGCGAGGAAGGUGACUCGGAUGAGGAACAAACUAGCAAACCCAAGGCCAAGAACGGGCCGCAGAAGGACGAAAGCGACAUCGAGAUGGACAACGCCUCGGGAUCGGAAGAAGAGGAAGAGGAAGAAGGCGACGACGUAGGGGAACCGACCUUCGGCGACCUGAUGCGUGCCAACGCCGCGAAGGAAGUCGACGUGGAAGCCGAACUGGAAGACGACGCUCAAAUGGGCGCUCUCGUGCCCGGCAAACAGAACUCGGCUGUUAAGCCCAUCCCCACCGGUGUCUCGCUGGCGACUGUCCUCGCGCAGUCCCUCAAGACCAACGACAACACCAUGCUGGAGUCGUGCUUCCACACCGGCGACACGUCCAUCAUCCGCGCCACCAUCCAGCGUCUCGAGUCGUCCCUCGCCGCCACUCUGCUCCAGAAACUGGCCGAGCGUCUGUCCUCCCGACCCAGCCGAUACGGGCACCUCCUCGUCUGGGUGCAAUGGACGUGCGUCGCCCACGGCGGCGCCCUCGCCGGCAACCCGGAACUCCUCAAGCGCAUGGCCACCCUGUUCAAGGUAAUGGAGCAGCGCUCGUCGAGCCUCUCCUCGCUGCUGCUCCUCAAGGGCAAGCUGGACAUGCUGGACGCGCAGCUCGGCCUGAGACAGUCGAUCCGCGGUGGCGCCGAGGGCCUCGAGAGCGAAGACGAGGACAACGUCAUCUACGUUGAGGGACAGGACGAGGACGAAGACGAGGACAGCGACGCCGACCUGGCGAAGCACGCGACCACCCCGCGGACCAAGCUCAUCCGCGACCAGACCUUCGACGAAGACGAGGAGUCCAUGCUGAACGCCGUGCAGUCCGGCAUGGAAGAGUCCGACAACGACGAAGACGAGGACAGCGACGACGACGAGGAAGAGAACCAGGACAUCUUCGACGUCGAGGCCGAGGAGUCGGCCGGCUCGUCCGACGCGGAGGAGUCGCUUGAAGAGGACGAGGGCGAGGACGACGAAGACGCCGACAGCGUAGGCUCCGUCGCGGACUUCAUCGCCGACACGGAGGAUGACGAGGAGGAGGAAGCCGUGACGAGCCGGCCGCCGCCUAAGAAGGCUAAGCUGGGCGGCAGUGGAGGAGGAAAGGGGAAGAACAAGGCAAAGAAAUAGAUUAGAUUAUACCCUGUUCUUCUACACUUGCACCUGGCGGAGUUUUUCCUUUCUUUUCCCACUUUUCCUUUCACUGUCCCCUUCCUGUUCCAUCCAUCACCAACCAAAAGUAAAGAAACCCUCCGUUGUUGUUCUGUAAUAGGGUCUUGAACCCUGCUAUUAUAUUCAUGUGUUAUCUGUUUAUCUGUUUAUAUUCUUGCAUCUACUUGAG